UUUAUAAUUUUGUUCAGUAUAUUUAAUAUGGCAUUACAACUGCACAUUUGAGCAAAGCGUAAACUUUAGUUUGCAGUGAUUUUCAUGAUAAGUUAUAGCUUCAGUAAUGUACUACCUCUUUUUGCUGCCAUAUAAGCCAGUUUAGUUAUAUCAUUAAUGUGCGUGUUUUCAAUAACUUUAAUCUGAUAACCAAUCCACCUAGUCCCGACAUAUUAUGUGUGCCCAGCUCCUGCAAGUGUCACCUGACAUGAAUAUAUGUCAGGCCUCCUGCACACUGCCCUUGGUGCACUUGAUAUUGCUUUGCUCUCUGCACCUUAAUUCACAAAAACAGAACCCUGAUAUCUUAUUUAGGCUGCAUCACACACUCACAGACUUUUGAGCAGAAAAUGACCAAAAAGCUGUUUGUGUAACCACUAUGGCAUUUAUGUAAAAUUGCGUUACACUGUAUACUGGUUUGAGACAGUUUUCAUGUUCUCCCUGUGUUUGCAAGGGUUUCAUCUACCACAGACGUACACUUAGGAGAGUUUGCUCUCUCAGCAUUGACUAUAGGCCUGAACAUGCAUGUGGAUAUUUGUGAGGACUAGCCCUGUGACAACAUGCAGCCUAUCCUGGAUGAACUACACAGCUGUGGCAGAGCUCAAACACUGCAGCAAUGCCUCCACCUGGUGUGUGCACUAAAAUCAUCAAUGCACGUCAAAAGAAAGAUGGUUAUGGUUCCUUCACCAAACCCGAGAAGUUCCUCAACCAAGACUUCCAGCAGCUGAAACGCUACUGUGUCAUCCAACGGGUGAGGUACAUCGAUGAGAUGUUCCCCCCUGACAGGAAGUCCAUCGGCGAAGGGUUGCUGAGCCCUGCUGACCUAGCUCGAGUGGAGUGGCUGAGACCAUCGAUACUUGUUCCCAACCCAUCUCUUGUUGUUGACGGGGUCUCCAGGUUUGACUUUGGUCAAGGUUUGGUUGGAAACUGUUGGUUUCUUGCGGCUAUCGGGGCUCUGACUUUCCAGAAUGACGUCCUUGAGCAAGUUGUUCCUCGUGAGCAAAAAUUUGAUGAGGACUACUGUGGGCUGUUCCACUUCAGGUUCUGGAGAUUUGGAAGGUGGGUGGAUGUUGUCAUUGAUGACAAGCUACCAACAAUCAAUGGCAGACUAAUCUUUGUUCGCUCCAAAGACCCAACUGAGUUCUGGCCUGCUUUGCUGGAGAAAGCUUAUGCGAAAGUGUGCGGUUCCUACUCAGACAUGAAUGCUGGAACUCCUGCCGAGGCUAUGGUGGACUUCACUGGAGGUGUUCACAUAAGCCUCCAUCUGUCAGACCAUCCUCCAAACUUGUGGGAACUGAUGUGCAGAGCUUGCCAAUCCAAGUCACUGAUGGGAUGUGGUACACCACAGGGGGAGACAUCUGCCAACACUGUAUUACCAAAUGGAUUGGUCCAAGGCCAUGCCUAUGCUGUCACAGGUGUGAAACAGAUGAUGAGCAGAGGGCAACCAGUACAGCUGGUUCGUUUGUGGAACCCCUGGGGCAAAGGAGAGUGGAACGGAGACUGGAAUGAUCGGUCGCCUUUGUGGCAAACCGUGAGUCCUCAAGAUUGUGAGAUGUGCCUUUCUGUGAUUGAUGAUGGGGAGUUUUGGAUGACCCUGGAAGACUUCUGUAAGUUCUACACGGAUCUUGACAUCUGCUGCCUGUGUCCCGACUUCCUUGAUGGAAGUUCUUCUUGCCAUUGGAAGACCUCCUUCUACGAGGGCAGAUGGGUGGCAGGAACCACGGCUGGAGGAUGCAUGAAUAACCUUGGUACUUCCAGGAUAUCUGGACUUUUGAAGAAGUUCUUAUAUGAACAAAGUAUCUUUGUAACAUGUCACUGCCCAACACUGGUCACAAGUAAAGUACUGAUGUCUCUUUUCUUUCCUCUCAGAGAGAAUUCUGGUGGCCUUAACCAUGAACAGUUAGAGGAAGAAGACGUGUACAGGUCCAUACCAGCCGAAAAUGGAGUGGAUGACGAAAACAAGAGAAACUUGUUCCAUCAAUUCUCUGACAAGUAUGAUGAAGUGGAUGCUGAGCAGCUCCAGAGACUUCUAAAUGACAGAAUCCUGAAAGGAGACUUGAAAUCUGGAGGCUUCAGCAUUGAUGCCUGUCAUAGCAUGGUUGCACUAAUGGAUACAUCAGUUACUGGCAAACUAAAUGGUGAGGAAUUUGUUCGUCUGUGGAGGAAGGUUGCCAAAUACAAGGAAACUUUCUUCCGCACUGAUGUUUCACAGACAGGAACACUGUCACUGAAGGAGCUCAGGAAUGCAAUCACAGUUUCAGAACUCAAGAGUGUCCAGUGCAUUCUACUGACAGUGCAUCAUUGUUUGAGGCAGUACAGGAGUGCAGCAACAGACAUCUUCCGCCAGCUGUCUGAUGGAAUGACUGUGACUCUUCGAGAAUCAGAGUGGAUGUACCUUUCACUGUAAAUGUUGCUAAUGGACGGGGUGAAACUCCCUUCGCCUCAUGUUCUCCUUCCUGUGUCUCAAUGUAACAUUGGGGAACAAAUAACUCAUUAUGUGUAUUGUUACAUCCCCUAGUUAAUGUACUGUGAAAAACAGUAAUGUGAGAACAUAAUCUAUGCCAUGAUAUGUAGCCAAUAUAUUGUACUUUUCCAUGUUAGUCUCUCUGAUGUACUGCAUACAAUUUACAUGCAUUUUUAAUAGAUUUCCAGUCUUGUUAAAUCUAGAAGUGUCUCUAAAUUAUUUCUUUACAUUCAAGUGGGUUAAUGUAUUUUUUUGGGUGGGAAUAAGGCUUUGGUACUUCACAAAAUAAAGACAUUCAAACUGUA